AUGAGCGUCUUAAAUCAUUACUUUAAGGAAUUCAGUAGUUAUCCUGAUGCAGUCAAAUACGUCAUGGAUACUUGGUUGGUUCCUUACAAGGAGAAAUUUGUGGCGGCAUGGACAGACACGUGUAUGCAUUGUGGCAAUGUUACAACGAACCGGGCUGAAAGUGCACAUGCAAAACUUAAAAGACAAUUAGAUUCAUGUCAAGUCUCAUUUCAGGCAUCAUUUGAGAAAAUACACAGCCUGCUUGAGUUGCAACACACUGAUAUCAAGGCUUCAUUUGAGAAAAGUCUAACUGUUAUGCAACAUCAAUUUAAACCUUUUCAGUUCAGGGCGCUAUGGGAUAAUGUAUCUAUCUCUGCAUUGGAGUAUUUGCUUGUAGAGAGUAAGAGAGCCAAUUCCAUUUGUAUUGAUGUUGAAGCUUAUGGAUGCGUCCUUCGCCACACUCAUGGUUUACCUUGUGCCCAUGAGAUUGCUGACUACAUCAAACAAGAUCGUCCUAUACCACUUGCUACCAUACACUCACAGUGGAGGCAACUUCAUAUCUCCAUAUGCAAGAAAGAAGAGGAAAUGGAGGUGAGUUAUCAUGCAGAAGUAGAGUUGUUUGUGAACAAGUUUAAUGAAAGUGAUAGAACCACGCGGUUGGAGCUUUUGAAGAAGUUGAAAGAGAUUGUAUAUCCGGGAAACACUUUUCUUAUUGAGCUGGAGGUGAAGCCCAAAACACGUCCUCGGGAUCAUAAAAAGAUCAAUGUUUCUACCCGUCGUGACCCGUGUGCAUUUGAGUUGGUGCAAUCUGGACAUGAUUCUUUCUCACCUAGGGACACUCAAAUCACUACAUUAGCUUCUACUUUGGAAACCAAGAAGAAGCGACCUGUUAAGAGAAAGGAGAAGGUGAAUAUGAAAUGGAAGGUAUACAUUACUAGAACAGUGAAACCUGGUGCAUAUGUUAAUGCUUUCCCUUCUGGGUUGAAACCAUACAUUAAGUUUGUCAAGGAUGUAGCUGCAGAUGGGAAUUGCGGUUUCAGGGCUAUAGCUACUUCAAUUGGUCAUACAGAAGAUGAUUGGGCUCAGGUUAGGCAUGAUCUGUUAGGUGAGCUGCACACACACAAAGAGGAAUACAUUACACUUUAUGGGUCCUACGAAAGAACAGUGCCAGUACCUCAACUUGAUAGACGUGAGAUUGCCAUUGGAUUUGUCAACGGAAAUCAUUUCGUCCAGUUCAGGGAAGCUAUUGGGAUAAUGUAUCCUAUCUCUGCAUUGAGAGGAUUUGCUUGUAGAGACAUGCCCAGUACCGUCGAACUUGAUAGACGUGAGAUUGCCCAUGGAUUUGUCAACGGAAAUCCAGUUCGCCAGCCAGGCCAUCCAGUUCCUCCUAUAGCCACAAAUUGGCGAAAAUACCGUCACCCUUGCGUUGUCGACUGGGAUGAUGCAUAUGUGCGUCGCAUUCAACAUUUCAAGGACAUUAUUCAUGAUAAUGUAGCUACUCGAGAGACAUUUGAUGUUGUUGAUGUCGCAUGA